AAAUGUCGUCAACAAAUGAAUCCAGGGAUGGCUGCAGUGGUGGUCAAAGAUGGACAUGUUUUUGCAGAAGGGUUUGGUGUCAAGGACUUGGAGACUAAACAACCAGUGACCACAAGGACUUUAUUUGGCAUUGGCUCACUUACUAAAGUGUUUGCCAACUUGCUGAUCCAAAAAUACUUUGGCGAGAACUCCAGAUACAAUCUGACCACAACAUUAAGACAUUUCUUUGAGAGAAGCGACCUUUUCACUUACUCGGAAAUGCGAACGUUUUAUUCCAACACACUUGAUCUGAUGACUCAUAGAAUGGGCUUCCCGAGUCAUAACUACCUGCGGCUUGACAAUACAUUAAAUCGAAAAAAUAUAUUAAAACGUAUACGGAAUUUUAAACCACGUGGAAGUUUUAGAGACAGUUUCUACUACAAUAAUAUUUUGUAUGGGCUUCUCACUGACAUGGGUGAACGACUAGGUGGAAAUUCUUGGGAGGAGCUAAUUAAGCAAGAAUUCUUUAAGCCUAUUGGUAUGACAAACUCCACAUUUUUUACUACGAUGAAUCCGAACCUCAUCAAUAUUUCCACUGGAUACAUACAGGAAAACGAACAACUUUAUCCAGCAUCUUUUGAACUCUUAAGGAAAUGGACUGAGUUAUGUGGUUCCGCUUGCGUAGUAGUCAAUGCUAAUGAUAUGGCACAAUUCAUGAAAUUCCUAUUAAACGAUGGAGUCACCUACUCGGGUGAGAGACUCGUCGGAAAAGAAGAGAUGAAAGACAUGUUUCUCUCUUGGAAUCUUUUGCGAUCAUCCAAGAUUGAAGAAUACUUCUCAACUAUAAAAGGAGUUCCUUUCUCUAGACAAUACACAGGCUACGCUCUUGGUUUAAAGACUGGAAUGUAUAGAAAUCAUAGAAUAUUAGAAGAAGUGGGAGAUAUUUUUGGAUACAGUUCAAUAAUGACCCUCUUCCCAGACCAGAAUUUGGGUAUCUUUAUCGCCAUGACAGGCCAAGACAAGAAUGAUUUUUUCCGAAUCACUGUCAGUUCUUACCUAGCUGAUUUAUACAACAAACAGGAACCCUGGUUAAAUGUCUCGACUAUAUGUACCUUCCCAGAGCCUUUCAUGAAGAAGCCAAAUAGAGAAAGAAGUGAAAAGACUUUUAAAGAAAUUCCUCUGGGUAGACCAGCAAGUGAUUUCAUUGGAAGAUACCACCAUGAUAUAUAUAGGGAUAUUAUAGUCACGGAAUACAAUGGUUCACUAAAACUUCAAUACGGAUAUGCCUCCUUUGAUUUGAUUCGUCGAAGUUCUAAAUCUUAUAAAUUCAACAUGAUAAGUACAGGAAUUGUAUCCCAUGCUUUCAAGAAGAGAUCUGUGGAAUUUAAAGCAAGUAAUUCCAGUCGACCAGGCUACAUAGAUAUUGCAUAUUUACGACAUUUCGAGAAAAGUGAUUUCAUAAAACAACCACACUUGACCGUUGUAAAACCGGAGGAAAUUGAAAUGAGCAGGGAAGACAUUUUAGAUACUGCAUUGCAGACAACAUUUGAGGCUUGCCGAUGGAAUCAAAACCCAAGUAUGGUAGUUGCAGUUGUUAAAGAUGGAAAAGCCGUCUUCUCUAAGGCAUAUGGUUACAAGGACUUGGAAUCUAGGCAAUCUGUGACGACUAAAACGAUGUUUGGCAUUGGUUCUUUGACAAAAAUAUUUGCCAAUCUUCUUAUACAAAAGUAUAUGAAUAAUGAUACAAGAUAUGACUUGAACACUACUCUUCGGCAUCUUUUUGGUAACAAAGAACUAUUCAAUCAAUCUUUUCUGCUCUCUCAGUUUGUUAAUACUUUGGAUGUGAUGACCCACAGAACGGGUCUCCGACCGUAUAACUACCUCCGAUUGGAUAACAGUCUCAAACGGGAAAACGUAAUGGAACGGGUUCGGCUUUUAAAAACAGAGGGUGGAUUCCGUGAUCAUUUUAGAACAAACAAUCUUAUGUAUGGAGUUUUAACGUACAUGAGUGAAAAAAUGGGAGGAAGUUCAUGGGAAAAUCUUGUAAAUAAGGAUAUUUUUGAUCCACUGGAAAUGAAAAAUUCUUCUUUUUUUACUGAACUGGAUCCUGAUAUGAUUGAUGUAGCGAGAGGAUAUGUCUUAGACGAAGGAAUUCUGCAUCCCGUGUCUUUCGAAUUUUUGCGACAAUGGACAGAACUGUGUGGUGCAGCUUGCAUAUUGACAAGUGCGGAUGAUAUGGCGAAAUUCAUGAACUUCCUUUUAAAUGAUGGAAAGACGGACUCCGGCAUCAGUUUGAUUGACCAAAAGAGCAUAGAAGACUUCUUUCUGACAUGGCAACAACUGCCAUCCUCACCUAUAGAGGACUAUUUCGCCAAGUCCAAAGGGGUUCCGUAUUCUAGGACAUACUCAGGAUACAGCUUGGGGUUCAAUGUUGGAACAUAUAGAGGUCACAGAAUACUGGAGGAAGCGGGAAACCUCUUCGGUUACCGGUCAUUGAUAACGCUUUUCCCAGACAAACACUUAGGUAUUUUUAUCUCAACGACAGGUGAAGACAACGAUGAACUGUUUCGGAUUUCUGUUAGUUCCUACAUAAGUGACCUUUACAAUGAAGAAAAACCUUGGCUUAACUCUAUUGUGCUUUGUAGCUUUCCACGACCUUUCAUGCCCCACCCUGUCAAGAGACGCUCCCGUUAUAUCCCUAAGGACAUUCCGCUAAGACGCCCGGUUAGGGACUACACGGGAACAUAUUUCAAUGAAGUGUUUCGUGACCUGUUGAUAACGUCAGAGAACAACAGAUUAAAACUUACGUAUGGGUAUGUCACAUUUGAUCUUCGGAAGAAAACGGAAAAUUCUGAAAAAUUUUACAUGAUCGCUGAGGGGUCUGCGCAACAUAUUCUUGGGACAAAAACUGUUGAGUUCCGAGAAAGUAAGGCAAAUAGUACAGGCACUAUAAAUGUAGUGCAUCUGAACAGCUUCGAAAAUAGUGACUUUGUUAAAUUGCCGGCAGUUGAUACGUCUUCUAUCUUUGACAUUCUCUGACCAUUUCUAGCGAUUCAUACAAAGAAACUAUUUUUAAUUUCUUCUUAGACAGAAAUAUCUUUCAUAACAAGAAAUUAAACAGGUGCCGUGUUUGUGCAAUUUUUAUUGCGAUCCAAAACCCCCGGAGAGAGUACAAAACUGUAAUCAAUACAUUAAAACAGAUUUUACAAGAAAGUCUUACUGAUGUACAUGUCACAAUUGA